CUGCAUACGGAGAAAAAAACAUGAAUAUCAGUAAAUUUUAAGUUGGCAACACUGUGGAUUGUUCUGCCGCUAACCUUUAAUAAAUAAAACAUUGUAAAUAAAAAGGUUUAAUUGAUUUAUACAAUUACUUUUGGAGCUGUAGAAUUAUUAACAAACCUUGCAUAAAUCUUAUGGCUGAUAAACAGAAAUCAGGUAGUAAUGAUGGCAAAGAGAAGCGACGGAAAGAAUCUAUACUGGACUUAUCCAAAUAUUUGGAAAAACAAAUUCGCGUAAAAUUUGCUGGUGGCCGUGAAGCUUCGGGAGUUCUAAAAGGUUAUGAUGCCCUGCUAAAUUUGGUGUUGGACAAUACCAUCGAAUAUUUACGAGACCCCGAUGAGCCGUUUAAACCUUCAGAAGAGACGCGUAAUUUGGGACUAGUAGUUUGUCGCGGUACAGCUUUAGUAUUAAUAUGUCCGCAAGAUGGUGUGGAAGCCAUACCCAAUCCCUUUAUAACGCAGUAACUUGAAUUCCGGUAUUCACCUUUUAAUUUAAAGAAGAAAGAGUGUUUUUAAUAGUUUAUUUAUCAAAUAAUAAAAGU